CUCGUCUCUCAGGUCAACGCCAGCUCUCAGCUCCGUGACCUUUCUUUAACAAACCUUCUAAAUUUCACUGUUUCAUCCUUCCCUGGGAUUUUUCGCCUCUUCACGCGUCUUGAGAUCGAUUCCACAACUGGGUCUCUCUCAGAAUCAAAAUCCUGAUUAAUUUCCGGUGAUCUAGCUUCACUUAGAUCUCUCCCUCCCUGCAUGAGUCUGAUGACAAAAGUUUCUAACUUUGAGAGUUUGGAUGAUUGAGUUCGAAGUAUAAAUCACGAGACUUCCCGAGAAAUAAGAGAUAAAAAUCACGACUUUCCUGGAAAAAACAGGCAAUAAUGCAGCAGGAAGAUCGAAUCGGAGGAGACGAGACAGAUCUAGACUCUUUAACAAACGCUCAUAAGUUUAGGGCUCAAUUCUCAGGAAUGGUGAGACAAAGAGCUUAUAUAUUCGACGGAGAUGGUAAAUACUACAACAAGGAAUGGGAUCUCGCAGAAGGAACAGGUAAAGAGUUUUGUUGGUAUCAUAUAGAACUACCAAAAGGAAACCAGAAACUCUCUCAAUCCGCACAGCAUCUUAUAGACGCUCUGUGUCCGCCAUUGAAGCUGCAAGACAUUCUUUCUCUCGUUAGUAAUGGACCCUUUUGUGGGCAUGUUGAUGGAGCGCUUGUGUUUAGAGUUAACUCACCUGGACCUGCUUCAAGCAGCUUUACAUUCAAGGUUGCUGCUAGGAUCACUGAGAACUCUGUGAUUACUGUGUCUUUAGGACGAGUUCCUAGGCUAGGAUUCUCUCCCAUGGGCCAGUCGCUUCUCUCCGAGGUCCCUAGCGUUGAUUCUCCGUCGUAUUAUCGUGGUGAGCAGAAGGAGAGAAGCGGGAUUGUUAUCGAGGAGCAUGUUCUUGAGUUCUUGCUUACGAUGAACCACUCUGAGGAAGCUGAUAACCCUGUGCCGAGUUCUGUAUCGAAUCUUGUCGUGCAUAUCAUUGAUACGCAUGUUGAUCAGCUUCAAGAUGUUGUCACUAAGCUCGAGAUCGAAUUGGAUGCGGUGGAACUCGAAAUGGAUAGAGGUGGAUUUGCUAUGAAGAAACAGAUGUUGGAUGAUAGAAGGUUUCCAAAAUUGCAUCUCAACUUGCAGCGUCUUUUGCAGGUGAUUGCACAUGGAGAACAAGUAUUUCCAAGAGUGAAGGAAAAAUGUUCCACGAAGUCUUGGUUUCUAGCUGAAGACAUCAACUCCUUGGAAGAGUUGAUUGGCCGGUUAAGACGGUUAAAAGAGAAUGUAGGCUUCAUCGCGAACCGUGUGACUGCGAUCCAAGCUGGUUUAGAUAGCUGGCAAGCAGAGCAAAUUAACCGGAAGCUCUAUUACCUCUCAUUUCUUUCCAUCAUAUUCCUUCCUCUAUCAAUCAUAACCGGAGUUUUUGGGAUGAACGUUGGAGGAGUUCCAUGGACGGGACAAGACAAGCCAGAGCUAAGAGACGGGUUUAGAAACGUGAUGUACAUCUGUCUUAUAAUGCUGGUUCUAGUCUUGUCCUGCUUUGGUUUUCCAGCGUUAUAUAGCCGGAUAGCUUCUUGGUGGAGAAUGAGAGCUAUGAACAGAAGUUGGUCUCUUAACAGAAGAUCGUUCCAGAAGAGAUCAAACAUAGUCCAAGAAAGAAGAGGCUACCUUAGGCUCUAAAAAAUCAAGUUCUCUCUUCAUUUGCUUUUCUUUCACGUUUCUUUCAUUUGCAGAACACAUACUUCUCUCAUUUCUGUAACUUUUGAGUUCAGAUUUGUUCUGCUGUUUUAGAUCUUAAGUAAGACUACAAUGUACAGCUACUAUUCUUUUGAUCAUUAGUUUGUUAUAGAUUCUUGACAUAUU